AUGGCCUCUACCAACCAACAAAGUGGAGAUGCUGAGUUCUGUUUUCCGAACAUCAUUGGUUCCUGUAUAAGGAAUCCAUGGUCUCUUGGCAUUCGAACCAGUCUCUAUGGAAUCUUGGGCUUCAUCACAAUCCUUACAGUAGGUGGAAACCUUCUGGUAAUUUUUUCAAUUAUGUAUUUCAAACAACUUCACUCUCCUUCCAAUUUCUUGGUUGUCUCCUUGGCCUUUGCUGAUUGUUCUUUGGGACUGAUUGUACUUCCCUUCAGUACAGUGCGGUCUAUUGAAACAUGUUGGUACUUUGGGGACAGAUUCUGCAAGUUUCACACUACUUUAGAUUUGUGUUUUUGUUUAGCAUCUAUGUUUAACUUGUGCUUUAUCUCUAUUGAUCGAUAUGUGGCCAUUACUGACCCUUUGCUUUACCCACUCAGAUUCACAGUAUCUCUGACAGGGGUGUUCAUAGCUCUUAGCUGGACAUCUGCCUUCUCAUACAAUUUCUCCUUACUGUACACUGGUGCAAAUGAAGAAGGAUUGGAGGAAUUAGUGCAAGCCCUCCAUUGUGAAGGAAAUUGUCAAACACUGUUGAACAAAACUUGGGUAAUUGUAUCUUCUUUCCUUUACUUUAUACCUUUCUUGAUCAUGAUCUGUUUGAAUAGCAAGAUUUUUGCUGUAGCUAAACGACAAGCUAGAAUGAUUGAACGAGACAAAAUGUCUUCAGAGGGUGAUAAGGUAUCAAAAAGAGAAAGAAAAGCAGCUGUGACUCUGGGAAUAGCAGUAAUAGCUUUCUUGGUAUUCUGGUCUCCUUUUUUUAUCACUGUAAUUAUUGAUGCAUUUGGGGGUUUCAUAACCCCUCCUCUUGCUUUUGACAUUAUAAUGUGGUUUGCAUACUCGAACUCUGCCAUCAACCCUUUGAUAUAUGCUUUCUUUUACCCUUGGUUUCGGAAAGCUAUCAAAGUGGUCUUAAGUUGCAAAAUUCUCUGGAUAAAUUGUUCCUCAAUGAAUUUAUUUUCAGAAUGA